GCAUCCCACGGUUCUUUAAAACCGCCUCUCUUCCCCCUCUCUUCCCCUUUCAUCACUCUCCCCUUCUCUCCUCCUCGCCCUCCUAAAACCCUGCUCCAUAUCUUCUGAUCCAAAGCAGUCCAUGAUGGCUGAGAAUUGCUCGACCUGGGCGUCCUGGAUCUCCGACGCCUUCGCCCACGAGAGUGAAGCCCUCACCAGAGCCCUCCAGAUCUCCCUCUCCGACGACUCCUCCGCCCCCAACCUCCCCUCCUCCUCCUCCUCCUCCCCCUCCCCCGAAACCCUCUCCGCCGGAUCCUUCCUUCUCCGCCCCCUUCCAGCCACCGGUCUCGAUUCCGCUUCCACUCGCCGCCGGAAUCCAAUACCCUGCUCCCCCUCCACGAAAGUCUCCAAGAGGAAGUCCCGCGCGUCGUCGAAGCGGUCGCCGACAACCUACAUCAACGCCGACCCGGCCAACUUCCGCCAGAUGGUCCAGCAGGUGACCGGGAUCAGGCUUGGCGACGCGGGUGUGCCGGUCGAGCCGGUGCUGAAGCCCGAGCCGCAGCGGCCCACCGUGGGCAGGCCGCUCCUGCCGCAGAGCUGCCUGCCGACGCUCGACACGUCGGCCUUCUGGCUCGACCGGGCCGGUAUGGUAGGACCGGCGGCUGCGGUCCACGUCUCGUCCUUCGGACCGGCGGCGGUCGAGGGCCCGGCGUUUGACUUCGACCCCUUGGCGAGCUUCCCCACCCUGGAGUCGUGGAGCGUGAUCUAAGAUGGAGAAUAUAUAUAUUUUUUUCCUUUUCAGCAGACGUCUGAUGCGGAUCAGAUGGAUGUGGUUUGUACAGGGCAUCACAUGUUCCCCAUGCAUUGGACAUGUGGUGGGGCUGAGUUGGGACUUUUUCUUUUUAUUGUAUUUUUCUGCUUUAUUUGCUAUAUUAAUGUCGUGUUUUUUAAUUUCCCUUUUAGUAGCUUGUGUAAUUUUGCGGUAGUGUACUAUAGGCUAUGGACCGUAUAUGGUGAUUAUCUACUGAAUGUUAUGGACAGUUAGUGUCCCUUUCAUGGAGAUAAUGGGAAGAUCUUCUGAAACUUGAAGAAUGGAUCAUAUAAAGUUUGGCCAGUGCUCUUUGAUUGAA